UGCGGCGGCGGCGGGAUGUUGGCGGCGGCGGCGCGGGGCCUGGUGCGGGCCGCGCGGCGAGCUGGUGCGGGCCCGGCAGCGGCGGCGGCGGCGCAGACCCGGCUGGCGGGGGGCUCAGCCGCGGAGACGCGCCCUACUGUCAGACCAAAAAAUGAAGUAGAACAGAAGCAGCUCUGUGCAUUUGGGGAGUAUGUGGCUGAGAUCCUGCCCAAGUAUAUCCAGCAAGCACAGGUGACCUGUUUCAAUGAGUUGGAGCUUCUGAUCCAUCCAGAUGGGAUUAUUCCAGUUCUGACCUUCCUCCGAGAUCAUACUAAUGCUCAGUUCAAGUCCUUGGCUGACUUGACUGCUGUUGAUGUCCCAUCUCGGCAGUACCGCUUCGAGAUUGUUUACAAUCUCCUGUCUCUGCGAUUCAACAGUCGGAUCCGUGUGAAAACAUACACUGAUGAGCUGACACCUAUUGAUUCAGCAGUGUCUGUGCACAAAGCAGCAAACUGGUAUGAAAGAGAGGUUUGGGACAUGUAUGGUGUUUUCUUUGCCAACCAUCCUGAUCUAAGGAGAAUUCUCACAGACUACGGGUUUGAAGGCCAUCCUUUCCGGAAGGACUUUCCACUCUCUGGUUAUGUAGAGGUGCGGUAUGACGAUGAAGUGAAACGAGUAGUGGCAGAACCUGUGGAACUAUCUCAGGAAUUCCGCAAGUUUGAUCUGAAUAGCCCUUGGGAGGCAUUUCCUGCUUAUCGUGCGCCUCCAGAACCCCUGAAAAUAGAACCUGGAGCCAAGAAGGAAGAUGCAAAAUAGCAGCAGAAUGGAGCGGGUGCAUGGCACCAUCCUUUCUGUUCGAAUGUAAUAUUUAUAGUAAUAAAAGUUGUUAUGAGA